AUGGAGACCGCCACCCCCAAGGACAUGACCGACGCGGGCAACCGCAAGCGCAAGAUGACGGCCUCCACGCCGCCGUCCGGCCUAAAGCGCGGCCACAAGCUGUCGCGACCGGCCGCCGCCCCGAGCGCCAGCAUCUUGAAUGGCGUGACACCGCCCGUGAUCACGCCGCAAGGCUCCAUCCACACUUCGGACCAGUUCAUCGACCACCAGCGUGCCAUGUUCAGCGCCGCCGUAGCGCCCACACCGCAUGGGCCGGUGGACCACAUGCCGCCUACCCCUGCUUUUGUCAACCGUAACGGCUUUAGCCACACGCCCGAUGGCUUCUCCUCCACGCCUAGCGAAGGCUUCCCAUCCAAUAGCGCCCUGGCGCAGCGGGCAGCCGGCUCAGCUUCCACGCCUGCGGACGACAACCAGACGGCCGCCACGACCAACGGAUACUCCUCACACGCGCCCACGCCGUCGCCUGUUCCUCGCGCGGCACCACUCAAUCUCCGCAACUUCGCCAACUGGGAAGUCGGCACCCGAUACUCGCUCGUGCGGCUGCUCGGCAAAGGUUCCUACGGACAGGUGGCCGAGGCCUUCGAUAACGAACGAAAGAAGAAAGUGGCCAUUAAGAAGAUCAUCAACGUCUUUGACCAGGAGAUCGACUGCAAGCGACUGUACCGCGAGAUUUACAUUUUGCGUCGUCUGAGCCACCCGCAAGUGAUCAACUUGAUCGAUGUGAUCCCGCCGGAGAACUACGACACUUUUACAGAUCUGUACUUGGUGUUUGACUUUGUGGACACUGACCUGCACAAACUCAUCAUGAGCCCGCAGUACUUGACCAUUCGUCACAUCCAAGUCUUCCUGUAUCAACUUCUGUGUGGACUGAAAUACGUCCACUCAGCCAACGUGAUCCACCGUGAUAUGAAACCCGCCAACAUCUUGCUGAACGAAGACUGCACCCUUAUGAUUUGCGACUUCGGCCUCUCUCGUGUAAUGGAGAGCGAUAUGUCGAUGGAGGAACUGAGCAAGCACUUGUACUCUCCGAAGGACUCCAAGUCGCCCACCACAUCUGACGGAGGAACCACAUCGGCACCUUCUCCUGGAAGCGCCUCCUCUACGCCUUCGUCGUCUGGCGAAUUCCCCAAGAUGCGACGACAGUUGACGAAACACGUUGUUACUCGAUGGUAUCGAGCACCAGAGCUGAUUCUCCUUCAGGAUUACGAUUUCUCUGUCGAUAUGUGGAGCAUUGGAUGCAUUUUUGCCGAGCUGUUGAGCAUGCAAGUGGAGAGCUGUCCGCGGUACCAGGAGCGCGUGCCUCUCUUUCCUGGCCGCUCAUGCUUCCCUCUUAGCGCAGACCGUCCCACGACGUACUCAGACAAGCUGGACCAGCUCAACGUGAUUUUUAAUGUGAUCGGCACACCCGGCGAGGACGAUAUUGGCAGCUUGGGUGAAGUCAAACAGUACUUGCGGAAACUGCCUAAGAAGGAGCCCAGAGACCUUCGCGAGAUGUACCCUGGCGCUCCUGCUGACUCGCUUGACUUACUCAAGCAAAUGCUGUCAUUUAACCCCGAGAGCCGAAUCUCGGUCGAUAAAGCUCUAGCGCACCCGUUCCUGGAGUCAGUACGGAGGUCUCAGUCGGAGACUGUAGAAGGCAAUCCGUUUGGCAUGGAGUUUGAGAAUGUCCCUCUGAACAAGGAGGCUUUGAAAGCCCGUAUUUUUGAAGAAAUCAAACUGUUCGCGGAACGAAACAACCGGAGAUGA